UGAAAGUACUGUCGUUCGUAAGACGGAGAAAUCGUGCAAAAUUGGUUGAAAAAUUACAUCCUGCGGGAAUAAUUCUACCCAAAAUCGGUACGCAUCGUCCGUGGCUCGCGUUCGGUGUGGAAAAAGUGAAGAAAUUCGUGAAAUUGAGUGUGAAAUCUUACGAUUAAAAUCUCGUCAUCCAAGUCGAAGAAGAGGAAAGUUUUUGCUGGCUGGCUGGUGCAACACUCCUCCGCUGCUCGUAAAAGUAGCACUAGUGUGGAGGCCCCCCACAGACGGAGAAAGACGACGGCGAGAAAAAUGAUUUGAAAGUAGUUUUAUUUAGCGAGCUGCUGCAACCUCGCUCGACUGAAAAAGGUAGUGUCGUUGGGUUCGGGAAAAUCUGGUGGAAAACUGUAUUUUGAUCAUUCCGUCGUGAGUGUCGUCGUAGGUGGAAGAUCUUUUCCGGGGAAAAGUUUUUUCGAAGUUGGAAGAAGAGGUGCUGUAAUUGCAUUGCGUAGGAAGAAGAAGGUGGCAGAGCGCAACGCACGGGAGUAUUAUGAAAUGAACCUUCGGCAAUGGGGUCGCAAACUUUGGAAAUACUGCGACAAGGAGUACUGGCCAGCUUGACCGGCGGAUGGUUCUACGACGUCCAUCAGAAUGUGUUCUGCAAUGCGGUCCACCUGUACAUCUGGUUGUUCCUGCUUUUUCUUCCCUUCAUCAUUUACAUGUACUUUCCGAAAACCGUACUAGUAUGGAGCGUAUACUGCGUACUGAUUGCCAUCAUCAUCAGUGUGUUCAAGUUCAUCAAUGUGGCACUGCAUCGGAUGUACGACAAGGCACGGACCAUGUCCGAUACCAACCUAAAGAAGCCGGUCAAGACGCCACGGGAAGCAUCCGGGGAGGACGAGACUGGCAUCGAGAUGCAGGAGAUGGGCGCGGUGGAGGUCGUGGAAACUCCACCGGUAGAUAUGUCCUCGAGGACGUCGGUCGAGCGGCACAGUGAUGAGAUCAGCUGUGCCAACAGUGCCAUCUCGAUCGACUACCAGGAACAGGUUACCAGUACAAUCGACCUGAAGGUGGACGUGCAUCGGAAGAAUAGUUCCGAGUCGAGUGAUUGUAAUGGUGCGGAAGGUGCGGAAGGAGGUGCAAAGUCGAUAGUGCACUCUUCUACGAUGCAGACUCACUCGGCGGAAGUUUGCAGCAGUGGUGGCGGGGGCACCCAUAAACGUUCGCUCAGUACACCGAACCAGGGCAAAUCGUUGGAUCUGGGGACGGACAAUCAGGGGAACGGAAGGGGAAAAGAUAUGGUGGAUGGUGAGCAAGGAGCAGUUGGCGUAGACCCAUCGAAGGAAGGAGGAAAGAAGAGCGCAACGCUACGAAGACAUCAGUACAAGUCGAAGCGGAAACAGCGCUUUAUGAAUAGUCAGUUACAGCGGCAGAUCUCAUUGGAUUCCGAAAAGAUAGGUAUGGGAAUUGUGUUCGCUGACGAAGUGGCUGCCGGAGGAGGCGCGCACCUUCAGAGGCACCUGAGUUCGGAGGACCAGAACAAUAAAUCGAACACAUCGCUGUUUCAUCAUCAUCAUCACCACCAUCACAUGUUGGCGUUACAGAAUCUCGAUCCGGAUCUUUACAUGGAUCAUAGUUAUACGAAAUCUGCCGUUCAGUUAGCUGUAGAAAAUAUCCCUGGAGAAACAACGAGUAAAAUAUACCUGCUGCAGCAGUCGACGCCUAUCAGGAGGGAUUCUAAUAGUACAAUGUCGGCCUUGCAGCUUCCGACGAUGGUAGGGAGUUCUUCCGGCAAAAAUCGACGUCAUUCCAAUGCCAAUUCUAACGCUGUAGCCGGAGUGCGCCCGCUGCCAAGGUCACUGACUUCGGUUCGUAGGAUAAAAAGUGCGGCCCUAGAAACCUGCAGCCCCUCUUCCAUUUCGAACUUAGCGCCGACGCAUCCGAACAGCGUAGAGGUCAUCGGAGGCCAAACACUUCGUAAUCCUCAGCACACGGUGCUUCCACCGCCUAGCAAGAGCCUAUCGAGGAAUCCUCAUCUGAAUCUGUUUCCAAAGUCCAACGGAGACAGCACGACCGGCCUAGUGGGAUUGGGUAUUUCCUUGAAUGGGAAUUCAUCUAACAACGAACCGGUGUAUCCGAUCGCGGAACAGGCGGACGAAAGCACUCCGGUAAAGAAUCCAUCGGAUAAAGUAGAAAAAUUCGAACCGAAUAGCGAUUCAGACAAUGCACAAGGGGAUGAAGACGAUGACAACGAAGACGACGAUGAGGAUGAAGAAGGGGAUGAAGAUGACGACGACGACGAUGAUGAAGACGAAGACGAGGAUGACGAGGAUGAUGAGGCGGCCAUCGAUCGGCUUCGGGGUGGUGUAAGUGAAGACGAGAGUAUCCAUGCGAUUCAUACGCACAUUCAUCGCCAUCAUCACCAUCAUCAUACUGGUGGCAUGAGCAGGCAGCACUCCCAACAAUCGAAUCCUCCUUCCCAUUCGCAAGCGUCGUCUCAAACGACUGGACCGGCUGCGGUGCCUUCAGGGUCGGUGUCUGUGUCAGCAGAAGCAGAACAGGACACGGAUUCGGAUCCAGAUCAGCCAGCGCUGCUGCAGUCAACGGAUUCCGAUACAGAGAACAAUGCGGGAUCAAGGUCUCCGCUGUUGGAACCGAGAAACCGCGCACCGUUGGUGAUCGUGGAGGCUAAGAAUUUGUCGUGCGUGAUUCCUUCGGUGCCCAGUGCGGUGGAAGGUGGGCUGAAGCUGACGAAGUCAAGUGAUAAGAUGAAGAAGUCUUCGACGCUUACAAUUGAGGAUUCUCCGGUGAAGCAGGGAUUCGAAGAGAAUGGUGGACCAUCGUCCAGUGAUUGGGAACAAGCGAGUGCCAGUUCGAAGGAUUUACUGAUUACAAAAGAGCGGGCUGAAAAGUUGGGAAAGACUGAAAUUCCGAGAUCUAGUUCGGGGAAUACCAGCGAAGCGGUUGCGGCCAGUGGAAGUCAGAUCAAGAGUCAGGAGAAUUGGUUCAAGUACACUGGUCCUGACGAAGAUUGUUUGAUUCACGACAGCGAGCAGCAGAAGAAGGAAGCUGGUAAUAAGGAGCUGGAGAGGGAGAAAAGUGGAUCCAUUUCCUCGGAAGGGACGGUGGCUGUGACUCGUAAUUUGGGAGCGAUUCCGAAAACUUCAUCCAGUCGUAUUACCAGCCGGCGGUUGAGUGCCGAAGAGAACUAUCCCAGUACCAGUAGUAAGAUUUACAAUCGAACCCUCUCACAGCGCUUGUCGGCCGAGCGGAUUCCGGAGAAUGCUACGGCUGCCCCGUUGAUAACGUUUCUCAACUACCGCUCGGAGGUUCCCAUUCCACCGAUUUAUCUUCCUGGCAAUAGUUCCCUGUCAGAGCAGCAAACGUCUAGCUUUACGUCGUUUCGGAGGCGAUUCGACGGUUCGGAUAGAAGCUAUCGACAGAUUCAGUGCCGGUUGAGAAUGUCUCGAAGCAAACAUCCCGUCGUGUCAAUGGAACCGAAUAGUGGAGCCGGUCCCAGUGGAACGAGCAACAUCGCCGGAUCCUUUCGUGAUGACGACAACAACAAUUGUAACUAUUGUAUAGACUCGAUCGAUAAUCCAACAACGUCCAGUCGGAGCGUGGGUGGUUCGAGUUCCACGUUUCAUGAUCAGACAGAGGUGCCUUUAAGUUUAUUCGUAGACGAACCGGAACGAUGGGUUCAACUGAUUGAGCGAGCAACGAUAGAGAAUGUGAUCAAGGAACGAAUAGCAAUGAGCCGAGGCGGUGCAGGAGGAGUUGGUUCGUCCGGGGACAAUAACAAUACGUCGAUCAAUUCGUCCGGAAUCGACAAGGCUAUGGCUCCGACCGAGUACAGUUUGUCCAGUGCACAAAGCGCAAUCGAUGUGGUGCCAAGGUCCAUUUUCGGCGAACCCCAGAUACGACCCAAGCGAUACUACAAAUUCCCUGUUCAUUUUUUAUGCUUUAAAGAACUCAGUAUCUCAAUGAACCGGUUGCAGCUGUUGGCACUGUUCGACCGCGAUACCAAUUGGUUUCAAGUGACGUUGGCGAUUGCACUGUGCACGUUAGUUUCCCUGCUCGGUGCGACGGUGUUGUAUCUGAAGUUCUACGAAGAUCUGUAUGCAUUCAUAUUCUGUUUUGUUAUCGCCGGAAGUCAGUAUUCACUGCUGAAAAGUGUUCAACCCGACGCUGCAUCGCCGAUCCACGGCUUCAACAAGACUGUCACCUACUCGAGGCCUAUUUAUUUUUGCCUGUGUUCUUCGCUGCUGCUGGGAGCUCAUCACAUGUUACGAGAGUACCAAUUGAAUCCAGACUCCGUCAUGGAUAGAGUCACUCUCUUCGGGUUCCACAUAUCCAUCAUCGAUUCCCUGCAGUGCAUCCAAAGUAUACUCUCCGUUGUGAUCUUACUGUUUCCGUUUCUGUUCAGUUUGGGCCUUUUUCCCCAAAUCAACACCUUCGCUAUGUAUUUUCUGGAACAGCUCGACAUGCAUAUAUUCGGAAGCAAUGCCGCGUGUAGUCUGCUGUCAUCGUUUCUCUCGAUCAUUCGUUCCAUGCUCGCCUGCACUCUACUUUUCGGUCCCGCCUUCGGUGGUCUAUCAGAAACGGGAACCCAGCACGUCCUAUUUUCUAUGUUUUGCGCAUUUCUCAUCACGGUAUCGUAUCACCUCUCGCGAUGCUCCAGCGAUUUCACCUACAUCUGGGCCGUCAUCAAGUCCAGCCUGAUCGUCCAUCCAGACUACGACGAUAGCAGUAAGGAGGAUUCGAAAAUGUCCACCGAUUCGGAGGAUAACAAAAUGGAGAGCGAUCAUCAACGUUCCAGUGACGAGAUUCACAAAGAUCUGGACGAAGAAGCCAACCGGGAAUCGACGAAGGAGCUGGACGAUCCACUUCCGAAGAAGCUACAGGCUACGGUUACGGCUAGGCUGAAGAACGACGCCGUUGUGUGUGUAGCCCUGUCGACCAUCAUCUUCAGUCUCCACUGUAGUACGGUGUUCACAGUUCUGCAACCCGACAUAAAUUACGUUCUCCAUACCGGUGCUUGCAUUCUCGGCUUCAUGAUCCACUAUAUGAUUCCACAACUGAGGAAACAUCUCCCUUGGUUGUGCAUUGCGAAGCCCAUUCUGAAAGCGAGAGAGUUUGGCCAGUUUGAGGUGCAGAACUUGUCGAAAAUUAUGUGGUUCGAAACUAUGUACGUAGGCUUGUGCUUCUUCGAACGAAACAUCCUGUAUCCGUUGAUAUUCUUGAGCGCACUGACGGCCGAUUCCGGUGCCAUUGCGGACAAGUUUGGCCUUACGAUGGGAACGGUAUUGGUUGUUGUCAGUGGAUUGAAGUGUGUUCGAAAUGCGUACUCCGACAUCGGCAGUCAGUACAUCAUCCUGAUCUUCACCGUACUCUUUUUCCGGAUAGACUACAGGCUUUCUAGUGAAACGUUCCUCAUCGACUACUUCUUCGUGUCCAUACUGUAUCGUAAGAUUAGUGAAUUUCUACUUAAGCUACAAUUCGUGGUGACCUACAUCGCACCCUGGCAAAUAACCUGGGGUUCAGCAUUCCAUGCAUUUGCGCAACCGUUCAGUGUGCCACACUCGGCUAUGCUUUUUCUACAAACUGCCAUCAGUGCACUGCUGUCGACUCCUCUCAAUCCUUUCCUGGGAAGUGCCAUAUUCCUUACGUCGUACGUACGGCCGAUCAAGUUUUGGGAACGGGACUACAACACUCGCCGGAUUGACCAUUCCAACACUAGGCUAAGUUCACAGCUGGAGCGGGAUCUGGGGGCAGAUGACAAUAACCUGAAUAGCAUCUUCUACGAACACCUAACUCGAUCGCUGCAGCAUUCGUUGUGCGGGGAUUUGCUGAUGGGGCGAUGGGGAAACGUCAGCCAGGGCGAUUGUUUCGGUUGGUCCCGUUGUUGUUUCUUUCUUUGUCUCACCCACACGAUUGAAGUUCUGCUUUCCACUCUUUCAGUUCUUGCGUCGGAUUAUCUUAACUGUUUAGUCCACAUAAUCGAACUAGGCAAUGGGUUGUGUACCUUUCAGAUGCGUGGCCUCGAGUUUCGGGGGACCUACUGUCAGCAGCGGGAAGUGGAAGCCAUAUCGGAAGAGGUGGAGGAGAAUAUUGGCUGUUGCUGUUGUACGGUCGGUCACCUGCCACGAAUGCUGAGCGCAAACGCAAUGUUCACCACCCGUUGGCUGGCGUGGCAAGUGAUGGCCUCCAAGUACGUCCUGGAGGGGUACUCGAUUUCGGAUAAUUCUGCAACCGCCACGCUGCAGGUUUUCGAGUUCCGAAAGGUUCUUAUUUCGUACUACGUCAAGAGCAUCAUCUACUAUGCCAUUCGGUCGCCAAAACUGGUCAACUGGUUGCAAUCGCAAGCAAUCGAGGAAGCUCUGGAGCACACGUUGGAUCGUCAGUUUGUCGAUCUGGAUCCGGUGUUUAAUCACAAUCUGGACGACGAUUACGAUUUCCGCGCUGCGGGAAUAACCCGUGCUAGCUUCUGGAACGUUUACGGCGAGUGGAUACAGUUUUGCUGCGACAAGAAACGCCAACAGAUGCAGGCGGCUUUGAAUGAAAAGAAUACUCCGAAGAAGAGUGCAGUCCCGGUGGUCAACACCACGGCAGCAGGCUCAUCGGCAAACGAUACUGGUGCUAAGGGGAUCAGUGAAGGAACACCAAAAGAUCAGAGUGAACAGCAGACUAAUAAUGGUGCCAAGCAGAAUCCUGCCGAGGGAGGUGAAUCGAGCACGAACGGAGCCGCAACGUCAAGCUCGGGUAACAAUGGAAGUUCCAUUGCCGGAACUUCCGGUCAACCGUUUUUCAGCUCGAAUCGUGAAUCCCUGGUUACGUCGCUUUGCAUGGCGCUAGCUUUGCUGGCACGAAGGACCUUGGCCACUGCAAGCCACAGCUCAUCUUGCGGGGUGGAAUUUUUUCUUCACGGUCUCCAUGCACUGUUCAAGGGUGAUUUUCGUAUAACAUCAACGCGCGAUGAGUGGGUUUUUGCCGAUAUGGAGUUGCUGCAUGGUGUUGUGGCGCCAGCAGUUCGAAUGUCAUUGAAGCUUCAUCAGGACCAUUUUCUCUGUCCGGACGAGUACGAUGACUACGGAGCACUGUUCAAUGCGAUCGAUUAUCAUACCAAAGAGCUGGUUAUUUCGCACGAGGCCGAUCCAUUGUGGCGUAACGCCGUGCUUAGGGGAACGCCGAAUCUGCUUGCUCUGCGCCACGUCAUGGACGAUGGAUCAGACGAGUAUCGAGUUAUAAGACUGAGUAAACGCUUUUUAAGCUUUCGUGUCAUUAAGCUAAAUCGCGAAUGCGUACGAGGUUUGUGGGCGGGUCAGCAGCAGGAGCUGAUAUAUCUCCGGAAUCGAAACCCGGAGCGAGGGAGCAUCCAAAAUGCGAAGCAAGCUCUUCGCAACAUUAUCAACUCGUCCUGUGAUCAACCGAUUGGAUAUCCCAUCUAUGUGUCUCCGCUGACGACGUCCUACGCGGAAACAAAUCCCCAACUCUGUAGGAUCAUCGGCGGUGAGAUAACGUUGGAAAAGAUUGUGGUUAUGAUCAACAGCUUCUUCAAUCGAGUGAGACAGCGCUGCCGCGAGGGAUGUAGCAGUGGAAGUGCAAUAAUAGACAACGAAAUGGGUGAAAUCCAGGGGGUUUACUGUAAUACUCCAACACCGAACAAUACUCUUUCGGGUACGGCUGGAACGCUGUCGUACGGGAGCCAAAAUAUGUCACUUUCCGGUGCGGCGAACCGAGGAAGUCUUGCCAGCAUCAACAAACCAACCAGUUCGACUCUGUUGGCUGGCCUGUUGAUUCGGGAGCGCGACUCCGAGCGUGAUACACUGCGGGAUAGGGCCGGAGUGACGAAGCGUAAUUUAAGUAGUAACAGUAAGGAUCGGAUAGAUCGUGCAUUGGCGGCUUCCAAGAGGGAGUCCUUCAAGGAAGCCUUGGCCAGUGGAAGUGGAUUGGGUGCAGCGGGGAUCGCAGGAAGUAGCAAUAAUUCUAGUCUGAAGCAACAGGAGAGCGUAGAAUCUACGUCGGGAAAUGCUAAAAGCAACAAUUCCUCUUCGAUGAAUCUGAACAUGCCAAACACAAGUGCCACAAACGCCACCGCCAGUAGUUCCGUAAUGCUAACGCUAUCUCCACCUUGUGAGAACUCGUAUACAAUUUUUUCCAUGACCGAAGCAACGAGUGCCGAGCGGGUGGACGGCGGCGGGGUGGCAAUGGCGAAAGCCGGUGGUAUUCGGGGGAACGAAGCCGAUGAACAGCAGCAACCUUCGCAGUCGCAGUGGAUCAAUGCUCCACCGACGAUCGGACUGAACAGGAAGGUCAUCAUUGUGGAUGCCGCGCAGAUCUACGACUGCCUCGACCUAGGACGCCGAAUCGAUGUUAUCUGGCCCAACGAACAAUUCCGAAGCUACGGUGGCCGCUCGUCCUGGAAAGACUGGCAACCCCAGGAAGGUAUGGUGGGUAAUAUCGUGCAUUACUGGCAACCGAACCAUCCCGAUCAUCACUUUCGCUCGAACGUCAACCGUACCAUACUGUUGAUGAAAAUCGGCGAUCGCUACGUACCGAUCGGCGAGAAAGGUGUCAAAGAGUACAACACCAUUGGGUUGAUUUGCGCGUCAGGUGCGUCGUCACCAGCAGCAUCGGCCACUGUUGGCUCGAUCAGUAAGCAACCGUCAGUGGAGGCAGUUCCCUCAAUCGGCAGCACAUCGGUAAGUGAUUCUCUUGUUACUACUAGUAGCUCUAGUGCUGCUACCUCGGAACCGACCGUGACAUCAUCCCUCGAGAGCGGUCCGCCGUACCAACAGUCGGAACACGUCUGCGAUGAUCCUAGUGCAACAGCGAACAAACCGGACCCGGCUAACGUAGCGCCUGAUCCGACACUAGUGUAGACCUGUCCAAACAAUCGAAAUCAAACAUUCGUACUGGUGAUAGACCCUUUAUUCCUCUUGUUCCAAGUCUUGUUGUUACCGUUUAGAAAGUGAACCGUAUUUAGCUGAGCAAGUCAUAGCGAAACUUUUACAAACUCAUUCUAACUACUACACCGUUUUCUAACCUCCAUGAUAAAUCCAAGACAUUUGCUUCCAAAUGUCGCCUUAUGAUGUUCAUUUGGUGAGAGGGAAAUAGGAAAAAAAAGAUGCUAUCACAAUACCGUAACAACCAAAAGAUCAUUUUGAUAACAACCCGUUCCUAAGACUAGAUAUUUGUGCAGGAAUGGCAGUAGUGUAGUGUACCUAGUUUUCUGUUCCACGUACUGUACACUUCGAUUGGAUGUUGAAAUUUUAGUUUCGUUAACAAUUUUUGAUUGCACUGAUUCUGUUUUUUUUCUGUUCUUUCGCAACCUUUAUAUUGAGGUCGAAUAGUAGUGAAAUUACUUUCAUUUAAACCAAUACUCUCGAAUGGUUGAACAAAGGCAAUGACGCGCCCUUUUGUUCGUGGGUUUUUAUCUUAAACGAAUAAAGGAAAACGUCUUAUGGUAGAUAGUAUAAAAGCCAAUAUGUAGAAAGCAAGACAUUUGUAAAUUCGGAAUAGCGGUUAGUAGGGAAACAGUUCGAAGCGUUAAUAAAACAGAACGAUAAUGUUUUAUUUUUGUAAAAAUAGCUGAUAUUGUUUUUUUUUGUCCUGUAAAAAGAGAGGAUUUUAAAUAAAAUAUUUAUGUUUUAUCGCAUUGGCGCUGGUGUGUUACUGGUUUUUUGGUGAGUUUGUGUGCAUGUCUGGGCGUGUGGAUGGGUGUUGGCGAUUGUGAGUCCUGCUGUGAGAGCGAUGCGAUAAAAAUUACUGCAAAAGAUGAAAAUGUGAUAACUAAGAGUAAGUAACUUUACCUAUACUGAAUUUAUUAUUAAAACAAAUGAUCAUGAGUAAACACAGAGAGAUCGUUAAAUUAUUGAAAACAUAAGAUGUGUUGAUAUGAAGGAUUACAGAAAAUUUAAAAUAUCACAAAUAUAUUAAAGAAAUGGUUUAACGAAAGCGCAGAACGCUAUUACAACAAAUCACUCGUAGCUAGAACUAUUGAAUAUAAAGAGAAAGUUAGACAAAACCGUUAUUUAAACUGAUAACAGAUAAAACACCUUAAUUCUCGCUUUUAUUUUACGGAGAACUAAUAGAGCAAACAAACGGAUAAUUUUUGGAUCAGUAAAUAGAUACAGGUUAAGCUUUUUUUAAUUUCGAAUAAAAUAUUAAAAUGAAAAC